CAAUGUCCUUACCUUUACUCCAAGAGACAUUGGACAUUACACAGUCCAGAACUAGACUAUGACCAUCAAGUAUCUUUGUUAGGACACAGAGGAGAUAUCCCUACUAGCGUUAGGUUUACCUAUGCUGUUACAGCAAUUAGCCCACCAUUUGGGGAUAGGUAUCACUGAAGUGUAACACAGCAGCUUAUGCGCCGCAAUUUCACUUAUUUAUCUCUCUUAGCUUAUUUUGACAACAAAGAAAACGGGGGUUUCCCCAAUCCACCAUCAUACAACGUGGCCACAACGCUCACUUCCUAUGACGAGGCGGAGAGAACCAAGGCGGAAGCUCAUGUUCCCUUGGUGGCUGGAAGGGAUGAAGACUUUGUAGCCAGGUAUGACUUUGAGGAUGCACAACAGCUGCGGAUAGGGAACGAUGGCAUUUUCAUGUUGACCUUUUUUAUGGCAUUCCUUUUCAACUGGAUCGGUUUCUUCCUGUCCUUCUGUCUGACCACCUCGGCAGCAGGCCGCUACGGGGCCAUCUCUGGCUUCGGCCUGUCACUCAUCAAGUGGAUCCUCAUUGUCCGGUUCUCCACCUAUUUCCCUGGGUACUUUGAUGGGCAGUACUGGCUGUGGUGGGUGUUCCUGGUACCAGUUCUGUCUUUCUCAUUUGUAGUACUAGACAUGUAAAUACAGAAACAUUGUAGCAUUGGUGUAAAGGUAUCUAUUCAAUGGAUAGGGUGCAUAAAUCCAAUACAUUAUGACAGUGACCCUUAUAGAAGAGUUAAAGCUGCGAUAUGUAACUUUUUGGGAGACUCACAUAGAAAUGUGUGUUAUAGAUACGUCAUUCUCAUUGAAAGCAAGUCAAAG